CCAUAGACAUUUAUCAAAAGUCAACCCCUUGUUAAAUUAAGACAAAACUUCGCGCAAUAAAAACCGAUCGCCACCAAGCUCACUGAUAUCAUCGUACCAGCAAACAUCAUCAACUAGAAUACCCCCAGAUCGAUAAGACCAUAAACCAAAAGAAAAUACACCAAAAAGAAAAAACAAAAAACAAAAACAAAGUCUGAACGCGAAAUUACACCGAAAUCACCGAAAUUUCUUGUCAAAGACUCAAAGAUAUGCGUACAAGUUUAGUGCAGAGUCAGGAAAAGCCUCAUCAACAUCAAUCCCUCCAAGGCAAAGAUGGCUACGGAUGAUGCACACAAUUAUCACCAACCAUCAUCAUUCUGGGAUGAUUAUGAAAAGGAGAAACGUCAGAUGGACAAGAUCAUGGUCGCAUCAAUAAUUUCCCUAUUCAUAUUCGUCUUGUUAGUUUUAAUCAUUCGCAUAUACUCAAGAUGUGUCCUCCAGCAACGGCAGAGCGGGGCUCUUCACCAGCCGGGAAUCUCCGCAGCCGCCCGUUACCAUCAUAAUGAGUCUCCAAGAACAGCGGGGCUUGAUCCAUCGAUCGUUGCUUCAUUACCGAAGUUCAUCAUCAAGAAAGGAGACAGCGACGCCAAAGCUGUGGAAACAGGGGCCAAAACAGAGUGCUCUGUUUGUCUAAGCUCGUUUGAAACUGGUGAAAUAGCUCGGAAAUUACCAAAUUGUGGGCAUACAUUUCACGUGGAAUGUAUUGACAAAUGGCUUACUUCACAUUCAACCUGCCCAAUUUGUCGAACCGAAGCUGAACCCAGGCUGGGGUUAUCAGCAAUGCGACCUGAACCGAGAGAAGGUGUAAAUAUUGGUGUUCUUUAUGAUCUAGAAAGGCAGUGAAUUUUUGUAGGUCUACUUGUCUCUGUUGUAUAUCAAAUACCAUUUCACUAUGCCAAUUCGUUUUUAACGAUAGAACUGUAAGGGCUUGUAUUAACUUCACAAAACCUAGUAUCGUACUCACUCUGUUCCAAAAAAAAAAAUAAAAAAAUUCAAUAUUGAGUUUCGAAAUUUGUACCAAAACUAAUACGAAUCUUAUAACUUUAAGUACAAAUUUGUAAACUCAAUAUAGAUUUUUUUUGGGGCAGAAGUAAUAUAAGUUUAUCAGCUCCUAUUCUAGUCUAAUGUUCAUUUCAUUGCCAACUUGUAUAAUC